AUGGAGCUAGCGAAUUUAAAAAUUUCGACCAUAGAGGCAGCCGGCGCGCCCGGCGAAAAUCUUGCAACGAUUGCUUCGGCACUGGAGCCAUCACUGGCACCCCCUCCCCCGCUGGCCCCGCCACCGGCGGUGGCACAGCGGCCAGCAUCUCCUGCGAGCAGCAUAAGCAGCGUGGAAAGUGGCAGCAACGCUGGAGGGCCACCUGAAAGGCCACUAGCGCCUCCAGUACCACCGUCAGAACCUGCCAUCGUGUCCAGUCACCCCAUCGGCGAACAGCAGUACAGCUUACGAUGGAACGACUACCACACAAGCAUCCUCAGCUCCUUCAGACACUUGAGGGACGAAGAGGACUUUGUGGAUGUCACGCUGGCUUGCGACGGCUGCUCUUUCACUGCCCACAAAGUCGUGCUGUCUGCUUGCAGUCCCUAUUUCAAGAGACUGCUGAAGGCGAAUCCAUGCCAACAUCCAAUAGUGAUUUUAAGAGAUGUCAAGAGGAAGGACAUUGAAGCGCUGCUACGGUUUAUGUACAAUGGUGAAGUCAAUAUUGGCCAGGAACAGCUCAAAGACUUCCUCAAGACUGCUCAGAUGUUACAAGUUAGAGGCCUUGCUGACGUCCCAGAGAGAGAUUCUCAUCGACUGUCAAUGGGUUCUGAUCAGGUUGGUUGGGGUUCAAACACAUUGAAUUCAAGUGCUCGUGACGAUGGGGCUGUGUCACCACCUCCAAUGAAAAGAUCCAGGGGAGACAGAUACUCGGAUCUCCCAAGCCAAAUCAACAGCCAGGUUGACCACAGGGAAUCUUUGUUAAGUCAAGCUCUCGAAGGCCAUCCAUUGAGUGUGCAACUGCACUCUGGAGAUGAGAGCAAUGCCAGUGAUUCUGCCUCCGACAAACUUGAGAUUACAAACAAUGGUCGAAGCAGCAGUAGUCGUAGGGACGAGCGGGAUGCUGUUCCAAAGUCGGAGCCGUCUGAGUAUGGAGAAGAUCUUGGAGAAGGCGUCGAUCAAUACAGGGGAGAGAGGAAUCUUUAUCCAACUGGUUUACUUGGCAUAAGAGGACUCACUGAUUUGCUGCCUGGGCCAGGAACAUCACAAGACCUAGGAAGCUUUGUGAACAGAAGAGGAGGCAUCGACAUGACCAGAGUCCGUGCCACCGACCCUCGGCCGUGCCCAAAGUGCGGCAAGAUUUACCGCUCCGCUCACACUCUGAGAACGCAUCUUGAGGACAAGCACACCAUCUGCCCGGGCUACCGCUGCGUGUUGUGCGGCACUGUGGCCAAGUCGCGGAACUCUCUGCACAGCCACAUGAGCCGUCAGCACCGCGGCAUCAGCACCAAGGACCUGCCCGUCCUUCCGAUGCCAUCGCCGUUUGACCCCGAGCUGGCUUCCCGUCUUCUGGCCAAGGCCGGCGUCAGGGUCUCGCCUGCCGAAUUGGCAGCUCGAGCCUCGCCCACCGGUCCCCGACGCUCCGACAUCAGGCUCGACCUGAAGCACGCCUCGAACAACGACCGAGGCUACGAAGGUCGGCACCACUCGGCCGCACAGUCCGAGAGCAGCAUGUGCGGCGAGGACCCCGAAGACCUGAGCGUGACCAAUUCUCGCUUUGACGCCCUCUCUCCGCCCAAUUCGUCUGCGUUACUUAAGCAAAAAGCAGCCUUACUAGCGGCAGCUGCUGUGAGUGGCAACAGAUCUCACUUGGAUGCCAUAGCACAGUCGAUGAACAGGGAGGCGCUGGCGGCCGCAGCGGCCGCCACGCCCAACUCCUCCACUGGCAGUGCCCUUAUUGACACUUACCUGCAGAUGAUAGCUGAAACCAGCGCGCUCGGCAUCACGCCUGAGCAGCAGGCCGCCCUGCUGGCGGCGCGCAACGAGGCCUUACGGAAAGCAGCCCGUCCCCAGGGAGACAUCGGUCUAGCCAGGAAGGAGCGGGGAGACGUGCACAGGGAGCACCAGCACCACCGCAGCAAGGAGCGCCGUCGGAUCGGCAGCGGCCGCCACGGCGAGUCCUCCGGUGAGGAGUCGGACGACUACAGCGACGAGGAUAGGGGCAAGUGAGCCCCUGCCGCGACUACUACUCCAGCAACAAAAAACCACAACCACCAGAAACAUCUUUACCUCAGCCUAAGUGUAAGCAAGAAACACAGUUGUUCAACUACUACCUCUUAAUUUCCAACUACUAUCACCAACACCUUCUCGAGAGCAAAAGGUAAAAAUUCUUAUGCGGGUAAUAACUUAGGCUAAUCAAUAUUGGAAGCAUUUUGUUAUUUAUGCUUUAAUUAACUCAUCUACCUCAUUGACACAAAGACACUGUUCUCAUUUUGACUACAGAGAAAUUGAAAGCAUACAUACACUUUCGAGAUAUGAUUUUUUUGUUAACUAAGUUAGGCGAAAAACUAAAUCAAUCCGUACGUAUAAUAAGGUAAACCGUGCCCAGAACAAAGUUGAGUUAACUGUAAUUCAAGCCAUUGCAUAAUAUUGAUGUUCUGUUCCAUCAACCCGAUGACGGAAGAAGAGAAGAUGAAGAUGAUAAAAUUUAUUGUGUUAUUUAUUAUUUAAGGCCACAGGAGAUGCUGAAACGCGCAGAGUCUUCUCCUUCCAAUAAUGUGCUUUGUUAAUUAUAUAAAUAAUUAUAAUUGAAAAAUGUGGACUGGAAAAGUGACACGAAAAUAAGAACUUUGCAUCCCGCCCCGUGCUACUCAAAUUAAUAUUGAGCCCCGCCCUGCCCACCCACCCACCCUCAAUGUGGCCAAGUCCAGUUAUAUCGUUGAAAUCUUGCCACAUCGUUUUCCCGUAAAAUUGUUAGCCUACAAGUGUUUGAAGAUUGAUAAAUUGACCGCUCCUAUGGAAUGGAAAUUAUUAAGGACAAAAAAUUAGUGUUGUUAAUUUUUAAGUCUUUAUAUUAGGCAAAAAUUGAAUCAUGACAAAAUUGAAAUAAGCGAUGUAAUGAAUGACUUUUCGUCUUUGGGAGGGGUUUGAAAGCGUGAGAAACAUUGAUUGACAAAACCUCUUCAAGGUUCCUAUAGGUGUAUUCAAUUAUUGAUGAAUGCUAACAAGCAAACACUGUGAAAUAUUUUUCUUAUAUAAAAACGAGGAGUUGCAUUAUUUACGCAAGUAUAAGAGGAAUAUUUAUUCCGGCUAGAUUUUGUCAAAACAAAAAAACCACCUCACCGGUUUUCAAUGGUUCCUAAUUUGAAAAGAAGUGUAAGUCCAAAAUAUAAAUAAUUGUAUGCAAACCUCCUCAACGCGAAUUCGAAACCAAACCGUACACACCCACCCACCAGAAUCCAAAUCCAAGCAAAGACAUUUACGCUAACCUGUUGUAUCGUUUCAACAGACUGAUGAGCGAAAUUUUUUAUUAAGAAAUAGCUAGUUCAAAUCAAACUUAUGAUGUAUUGAAAUCUUUGUGCGCUCGCUCCUCAUAUGGCAGCGCAGGAAAGAGAACCUUUAUUCACAAAAAUAUCCACGCAAGCCUUAAAUUUUGACCCAUUCGCUAAGCGGGAGAAUUUAACUUUGCAGAAAACACAAUGAAAAAUAGUUACAGUGUUGUUCUCUGAUAAUUUUUAAUUUACCAACUGAAGCUUCCGUAGUUGAUAUCGAAUGAGAGUUAUAUUUUUAGUGUUGUGUUCUUCGAUAUUAAUAUACGAGCUUGGUGAAAUACCUCAAUCGUGCAGUUCCAUAGAAUAAUGUUAUCAACUCGAUGACCACAAGUUAUCCCAACCCUAACAAAGUACAAAUCUAUACCUUUUAUUGUAAAAAAAGAUCCAUCGUCACUCCCUGACGUUAAACCGCGGAGAAGCCACUUAAAAACAAUACUUUUUCACACACAAAAUCAUAACACAGUCGCAACUACUUAAAAUUAUAAACACAGAGUUAAGGAAAAAAUUAUCUGAUUUAGUCAUCUUGAAUCAAAAGUUUUCCAUCUAAAAAGAGGAAACGCGGUCAAGCUGCAGAGAGCUUGAAUUUUACUCGCGCUUCUUUUUUUCAUUAACUGAUAUUGAAACAGACCACACAUAUCCUAUACACCAUUCAUUAUUUGUUGACAUGUAAUCAAAUGGAUAUUAACUACAUCUAUUACUAAGGAGACUGUCCAUUUUAUUAUAUAGACUCGUUUUAUUGCAUUUAUUUUUAAACAAUUUGAAGCAAGAUGAUUUCUUGAUCACGUUUUGUUAGUUUUGUUUUGAUGCCAAUGGUGCUAUAUGCAAUUGUCAUGUAAAUCGUCGCUUAAAACUCAUCCUAUCUCACACUUUACAGAGUAAAAGCAAGUCUGAAUGCAUGUUUCGUCACACACAAAAUUUACAUAACACUUCCAUCAAAACGCAUAGCAUAUAUUUCAGAUGACUAAUUCAGCCGCCGUCAAGCCGAUUAAAAAGUCAUUCAAACAACACUCGCUUAAUGUAAUGGAUUAAUUUAUACUGACUCAGAUUCGCGUUGUAAACACAGCAAAUAUUUUUACACGUUUAGCUUGAAGCGCAGGGACUCAAUAUGGAAAUCAGUAUCAAUUUUAAAAUAAUAAUAUUAUUUAAGCAGUUAGUUUAGCAAAGCGAACCAACUACCUCAGGUUGCAUAACUGUCCCAAAUCACCGCGUGUUAACUCGGGCGAUGUUCUUGCCUUCUUUAUUGAAUUAGACUCCAAGUCAUUAUACAGAACACACAUGUUUAUACAAUAAAAAAAACAGCCACCCGUAUUUUAUCCCGCGUCUAUACAGUACAAAAUUACCGUUUCACAAGUUAUAAUUCAUCAAUCUUUGUAACGCUGAUGAGCUUUAUUUAAAAUACCAUGACAGGAGAGUUCUCACUUUAAAAGAAAACGUUGACCUUCAGGGAAUUUAAAAUAUUAUAUAAAAAUGAUGUGUAUGAAUCAAAGCACACUUGUAGUAUGCCUGGAAAAAAUUAUUGAUAUGUGUACCCGCGAACGUGUGCACAAAAUGUAAUUUCUUCUUUUUCGCGCCCCGAUUCCGCCCUUGCGUAUGUUGCAGUUGAAUAUGAAAAGAAAUUAAUAUGUUGACAAGUUAGAUCCCAGCUUUGGUUAUUUUGAAAAUACGCUGUUGAUUGGAAAAUUUUAUAAUUGACAAGAGCUUUACAUAACUUUCACCAACACUAGUAUACGAGAACAUUAUACAAUAAUAACAUUUAAAUAAAUCUCGGGCGACGCGCGCCGGCGGCCCAAAUUCGGUAUUUUCGCCGAGUCGCGCGACUCGCCUUUUGUGAUUCCCUCAAUUGCUGAUCACCCCGCUGACAAAUGUGCAAUAUUGGCUGUUUUGAUUGAAGAAGCUGGGAUCUUUUCUUCGUUGGAACAGUCCCGCGGAUGGACUCUAAAACCAGUAGGGCUCCUCUUAAAAAAAUCGGUUUUUAUCGUAGAUUGCUUUUGAAGCUCAAUAACUAGAUUUAUGUAAAAUUGAUUGGUUUCUCAGUUGGUUACGAGUUCUGUUAAAUUAUAUCGUAAAUGUUUAUCGCAGAAUUUUAUGAUUUUCUCACACAAAACAUCGCAAAUUCCGCAAGAAGUAUAUAUGAAAAUUAAAGUCCUUUUUUUAAACAUUUUCCGCUAUUUUUGACAAUUGUGCGACGCCGCGCACAGACGGGCUUCUCUUUUGAAAUUUCGUUUUAGAAAGAUGACUACACACAAAUGGAGACUGAAACAUUUUCAAGAUCACAAUUAUUAAUUCAUCAUAUGAGUGUAUCUCAGGGCUUUUUAGUUAACUUCAAAUGUAAAACGUCUGCUCUGUAAAAGUUAAGGAAGAUAACUCGGAAAGUGCCCACCUUUGAUCAGAAGUAGAACCUCCCAUGAUAAAAAAGAAUCCGUCAAAUUGAAUUAACUCCACUUGACUCUUAAUAUUAGGCGCGGAGAAUUAUUUUAGAAUGAGUCGGGUGAAAGCACACAUUUUUUUAAAUGUAAAAAGCGAGAAGACAGGACUACGUAUUGCGGAAAAGUUCAGAUGAAAUCGAUUUGAGAGGGAAUAAGCUAUGAGAACAAAAAAAUCAGCUGAGCGCUGCUCACUGUAAAGAAAGUAACGAUUCACAAUGGGAUAUUAGAAAAGCUAAUUGCCACCCAACGGAAAAUCUUUCUUUAUUCUUCGUUCAAUUCUGAUGCUAGAAAGUAGAUGUACAAUUUUCGUUUGUUUGAUUUUGUAAAUUACGUCUUAAGGGAAAGUUGCGAAAGAGUGCGAAAAAGGUCACGAUCGAGCAUGGAACGGAUUAAAAUGGUUUGUUGACAAGCAAGCGUUUUAGAAAUUCGCGAUAAAUUCGUCUAAAGGAAUAAUAAUUACGUAGUAAUCUAACGGUAAUACUAGGAUUAUCAAAAUUUUCGCGUUUAAGGCUAUUAACAAAAUCAAAGAUUGAUUACGUGUUUUAGAUCCUCGGGUGCUUAUAUGCUAGAAAAUGAAAAGUUUGUACAGCAAGUUGGUUGAAAUCAGAACGAGUUGGAUGGUUGUAAAUAAUAAGGCUUAAACGUAGGAGUUAUUCACUUGGUAUAAAAUUUAAGUUUCCGCCUCUCGAGGGCUCUUGGGUGGGAUGAGAAGUUGCAGGAUGAUUAAAACAAGAAGAGAACCUUUUGAGUUAAUUCAAAUUUGUAUAUCUAUCUAUCAAUAUAGGUUACAAUUAAUUUUUGCAAGUUCAAAAAUCGUUAAUAGACUAGGCUUAUUAUUGAAUUAAAAUGAUGCGCGCGCUAUUUCGUUAAUUAAGUGACAAUUAGUCUCGUUGUUUUCUUUGUUUGCAAAGGAAUUGAAUUCUGUAUGUAAAUUUCAGUGUUUUUCGUGUAUAAUUAUGUAAGUGCGAUCCAAUCAACACAUCCCAGAAAUCCCGGAAUCCCCGAUUGGGCUUCUUGAUUAACACCCCCCGUUAGUGAACACGCGUUCGGAAUUUUACAUUGAACAAAAAGGAGACACGGCCCGUGGUGAAGAUGAUUAAUGUGUUAUUGGAUAUAUAAAAACAAAAUUAAAAACUUGAAAAAAAGAGCAGACUUAACUCUAGGCAUGUUUUCUCUGAAAGAAAAAACACGAAGCAUAUAUAUUACUACUUAUUACUUUCGCUACUCUAUUGCUACUACCUCACUCGUUGUACUACCGAAUAAUUUGUGCGUUGUCCCAUUUGAUGAAAACUAAAUUUUAGAUUGCGAUGAGAAAGAGUCAAAGGAAAAAAUAUAUACAUAACACACACGUAGAUAUUGGUAAAAAUCACGGACGAGACACGUUUUGCUAACACGUAAUUGGCGAACCUCUUUGGGUGAUUUAUUUAGACGAGAGAAAAUUAACAAAAUUAUAUACGUAUAGAAAACGACUUUUACUCCCCCAUGUUUUUGCUGCACAGCUCACCUCUUUCUAUGUGACAAAAAAUUCGUUGCAUGUGUUCUUGGCGCGUAUGUAGAUGCCCCCGAUUUUAGUGCUGGUUUAAAGUGAAUUUUUUACUUCUACUUAUUGCAAAGGUACACACAAUUGUUGAAUGAUAAGAAGGCAAACAAAAAAUACCAAACUUAUAUACUAAAUAAACUGCUGAUUCGCGAGCUUAUAAUCACAAGAUAUAUGAUUGAAAAAAGAACAUAAUUACGAAACUGACUGUACUGCUAGUGCCAUAAAUUUUAAUACUGAUGAUGUUAUUACCGUAGAUGUUUUACGUGUAUCCUUUGACGUUAUAUUACUGUAUGAAAAGGAAGUAAAAAAUUGUUUCUCGGACUGGCAGUGUUGAACUAUAUAGAAAAAAAGUACGGUUGAAAUUAUAUACCAAAAUAAUCGCGCAGUUUGCAACAAGAACACUCGAUACAAGUUUUAAAUAUUCCCCUCUAUGGAAUGAUGAAUUUAAUAUGUAAAAAAUUACCACCGCGUAAUCCGUGCAAAUAUUCAAAGUGUAAAUGUGGUUCCUAUGCCAUGAGAGUGGGGCCGCCUUAAAAAAAAAGAAAGAUUUUCACAAAAUGCUCCAUAGUACACCCCAUAUUAUAGACUUAAAGAGGAAAGUCGUAUAAUCCAAUUUCGCUGUUGAUGGUGCUGACGCCAAACUCUUUGAUUUUCUACUUACAAGAAGUGUCACAAUAUAUCUUUUUCUUAAUUUUUUAUCUAUCGCGUUCACCUGGGAUUUAUGUUGUGUGUUGAUUUUGCAACUCAGGGCAAUUUUAGUUUUUAUUUUUGUAUGUCCUAGCGUGUAAAGUUCUCAAAGUAAAUAUGAUGAUUUUUUCGCAAGUGGGGAUUUUUCGGUGAAAGUUUCCCGUUCUCCAAAUUGUACAGCAGACGGCGUAACGCGGCUAAAAUCAAAAUAAUUCCUACUAUUGGAGCAUGUGAUAAUGAAAUCAGUGCGGAGAACUGGAGAUUUUUUCCCUUUGAAGCGUUUAAUUUUUUUUAUUGCGAGUUGGCACCUCAAAGUGAAUUACGAGUAAUUUUUCUGCGUCACAAAAAGGCGUCACCGUUUUUGUUUCCGAUUGAUUGAUCCCCUUGUUGCUUUUUUUAAAUUAAUAUUUCCCCACUAAUUGAAAAAUGGAAAACAUCAUUAUUUUCAAAAUGAAAAAAUCCUCACCCCUACUUUUUAAGUUGAGCUUAAUUUUAAACAUUUCCCUAAUUGUAGUUAAUGUGUGUGAGUGCUUGCAUGUUGUUACCCCAGCAGUCCCCUUUUUAAAUGAGAAACAAAAAAUUAAAUCGAACGGCAAAGAAUUUUUGCGGAAUUUAUUAAUAAAAAACCCCAUUUUCACACCGACCUCAGGAUCUUGAUAUAUUUACACGAGAAAAGGAAACUCUCUACAAACAAUUAUAAUAAUUAAAAACCAACACUUGGAUUUUGCUUUUGUCGCCUCCCCCGCGAGCACAGUCACGGCCGAAAUUAUUUUUAUACUACACUGACGAUAGGGAUUUUAAGAAAGAGAGAAAACGGCUCGGACGUGCUCGGCGGGGGACGCAGCCGCGAUCGGAAAGGACAAAAUUUCGCCUCCCACCCCUUCCUACGGGUUAAUUAACUCUACACAUUUGCAUCCACGUAGUGCCAAAAAGAGCAAGUUGGUCGGCAAAUUGGCGAGACUGGUGCGUUCCGUGCACUCGCCCCGUCCGACCGCUCGAGUUAUAUUUCUUUGAAGGAGCGGACUCGGAGUGACGGGCGGUGCACGCGCACAAAAACUAUAAUUAUGUGAUUUGCUCACCGAUUUGCUGGCUCAACGCCUGUAUUCCAAAUGACGCAUGAGACUUUGCUGAUGUUUUUCAGUUGCGUCCGUUUUUAUUCGCAACCUCAAAUUCCGCUGAUCUCUUUUUUCCGGAAAAGAUGUUUUUGAAACAAAUUCCUCCCCGAAACCGAUUUUGCUCAUCUGGAGUGGAAAUUUUGUCGGCCGAUCCAAAUACUAGCGAAAGAUACAGUGCAUUUUUUCGAUUUAAAAAAAAAAAUUAGUUUAAAAAAGUCACCUCUCCAGCUGCUAUAAUAUUCACACGUAUCUGGACUUGGGGAUGACAUAGGUCACAUUCUGUACUACUGGGUGUUGAUUGUUUCACAAUCAGAUGUGCCACUAGUCGUCGAAACAAUUUUAGGAGCAAAUGUUGAUAAUCAAGUCCAGAUCUAAUGAUGACUUUUUAUAGUUUAAAUAAAUAAAUAAUGAUUUUUUUGUGUUGAAUUCAUCUCAAUUCACUAGUCAGUUCCAAUAAUAACGUCUUUUUUU